AUGACCACUCCAGCCCUCCUGCCGCUGUCUGGCCGCAGGAUACCGACCCUCUCCACGGGCACCUCCUCGUUCCCUCACCACAGGGCGACGCUCAGGCUCUCUGAGAAGUUCAUCUUGCUGCUCAUUCUCAGUGCCUUCAUCACGUUAUGUUUCGGAGCCUUUUUCUUCCUCCCGGACAACUCUAAGCACAAGCGUUUUGACCUGGGCCUUGAGGACGUUCUGAUCCCACACAUCGACUCUCCCAAAGAGGGCAAGCACGCCUCGGGACAGGUGGUCAUACAUGGACAGGGAGGGCAUGAUGAAAACAGACACAGGGAGGAGGAGGAGAGCCUGCGGGAUAAAAUCCGUGCGGACCAUGAGCGAGCGCUGCAGGAGGCCAAGGAGAAGCUGCGAAAAUCCCGCGAGGAACUCAAAGCAGAGAUCCAGACGGAAAAGAACAAGGUGGUGGAAGACUUGAAGAAAAAGGACCCCGGGCCAAAACCUUUACCGCCAGUUCCAAUGCCCCAAGUGGUGGGAAUGAAUGAUGGGGAACCACCAGAACCAGAUGUCAAGGAGAAACGAGACAAGAUUCGAGAAAAUGUCUUUCUUUUCUUUGCUUCUCCUUCUGCGCCAGCUCUCAUUGAAGGCAACAGUAAGCCAGACGUGCAGCGCCUGUUCAGGAUUCAGAUGGUGCCAUCGGCUGGCCUUCUCCAUACACUCACAGCCAAACCAAUCCUAUCUGCCUCUCUGUGCUCCUCUUCUUCCUGCACUCUUAUUCUUGUGAAUAAUUACCUCAUAUCAGCGCUCUGGAAGUGGUUCUUGGAUUCAGACACGGUCUCGCUGUAA